AUGGCCAAACUGAACGUGUCUGGCGGUUCUAUAGAGAGUGUUAAUGUGGUUCCUGGAAACAGUAAAGGCAGUAAUGUGGUUCCUGGAAACAAUAAAGAGCAUUGGAGGCCCUACGACACCCGGAAGCACAAGGAGUUUCUGACAAUGUCAGUCUGGGAUUUCCUGGUCUCUCUCUUUCAAGCAGUUUCCCGCAGAAAAAGAAUACCAACCAGCGACUGCAGAGAAUCAAAUUUGCGCCGCUGCCUCUCCACCUUGGACUUAGUGGCUCUGGGUGUGGGCAGCACAUUGGGGGCAGGAGUAUACGUCUUAGCAGGAGAAGUAGCUAAGACCACCUCCGGCCCAAGCAUCGUCAUCUCCUUUCUGAUUGCUGCUCUGGUAUCUGUCUUGGCAGGAUUGUGUUAUGCUGAAUUUGGAGCCCGAGCCCCACUGGCAGGAUCAGCUUACCUCUACAGUUAUAUCACAGUGGGGGAGCUGUGGGCGUUCAUCACUGGCUGGAACCUUCUGCUCUCCUAUGUAAUUGGAACCUCCAGUGUGGCCAGAGCUUGGAGUGCCACUUUUGAUGAACUCCUGGGCCAAAGAAUGGCAUCCUUCUUCAGUACCCACAUGCCCAUACACUCUCCCGGAUUGGCUAAAUACCCUGAUAUCUUUGCUGUUUGCCUCAUUAUUAUACUGGCAGGGCUGCUAUCCAUUGGAGUAAAAGAAUCCACCACCGUGAAUAAAGCUUUUACUGCUGUCAAUGUGCUCAUCCUCCUAUUCAUCAUAAUCAGUGGGAUCAUCAAAGGAAACUUGAGGAACUGGAACUUGAGUGAGAGUGAUCUGGCUCACAUAACUAGCAACCAAUCUGUGCCUGACAACGGAACCUCCUAUUUUGGGGUUGGAGGGUUCAUGCCCUAUGGCUUCAGUGGGACCCUAGCUGGAGCUGCCACCUGUUUUUAUGCAUUUGUUGGAUUUGAUUGCAUUGCUACUACAGGGGAAGAAGUGAAGAAACCCCAUAAAUCCAUUCCCAUGGCUAUUGUGCUAUCCCUGCUCAUCUGCUUCCUGGUCUACUUUGGAGUUUCUGCUGCCUUGACACUGAUGAUGCCCUAUCAUCUUCUGGACUCAUUGAGUCCUCUGCCAAAGGCUUUUGAAUACGUUGGAUGGAAUGUGGCCAAAUAUGCUGUAGCUGUGGGGUCCCUGUGUGCUCUGACUGCAAGCCUUUUGGGCUCCAUGUUCCCAAUGCCCCGGAUCUUAUUUGCCAUGGCCAGGGAUGGUCUCCUCUUCCAACCUCUGGCCAAAGUGAACAGUCGACAGAGUCCAGUGAUUGCAACCAUGGUGUCUGGGGCUGUUGCAGCUAUUAUGGCUUUCCUUUUUGAUCUGAAGGUCUUGGUUGACAUGAUGUCCAUUGGGACUCUGCUUGCCUACACUCUAGUUGGUGUCUGUGUUCUUCUCCUCAGAUAUCAGCCUGAGCCCAGCAGUUUAGGCUCCUCAGAAGAGAAGAGGCCAAGUAGAAUUCACUGGGUAGACCUUUUAAUUCACCCAGACAUCGUUCCAUCCCAGCACUCCUACCGUCUGGUGUCCCGUAUUAUCUCUCUGGUUGUUGCUCUAGUCUGCCUUGUCAGUGUGGUAACCACUGUAGGACUGCCAUGCUUGUUAUCUGGAAGUGCCUGGUGCAUUGUCUGCCUUGUUCUCCUCCUUCUGGGGAUUCUUGUAGCAUCGCUAAUCAUUUGGAGACAACCUCAGAGUCAGAAAAAAGCCGCUUUCAUGGUCCCCUGGCUGCCAUUCUUGCCCAUCCUCAGUGUCCUAGCCAAUAGCUGCCUAAUGGCCCAACUCAGCAGUGGCACUUGGCUUAAGUACCUGAUAUGGAUGGCUUUUGGCCUCCUACUUUACUUUGGCUACGGGAUCCGGUACAGCUCAGAGAGACACAUGGAUACAGAUCUGUCCCUACAAAAGAUAAAACAUGAAAGAAGUGAUACAGAUUCAGCCAUCACUUGCAAAACAUAACUUAUGGGGAACGGUGAUACGGACUUAUUGAUUAUCACUGAUUGAAGGACAUCAUAAUAACAGUCUCGCUGGCAGGAUUGAUUCCCCUGAACUCUCAGUGUCUGGACUUAUUUGUAGUACAAAAUUCUCAACUACUAAACAAAUAAUUAAGUACAGUAGUAAACUGACUUGUGAAAGUCACAGGUACUAGAUGAGUUGGUAUUGCAUUGUGGGUAAA